UUUUCGUUUCAUAUUAUGUAAUAAAUCUAUUUUUAAAUAGUCCGACGAUGUCGAAUCUUAUCUUCUUAUCUGUUAUUGUUCCACAUAAUUGUAGAUUCUAUAAUAUACCGUCGACUGUCGUAUGUAUCUCAGCGUCAGUCGGUUCUCCGUAUCGUUUGAUUUCGUUUCAUAUUCGUUCAUUACUCGAUUGUGUAUCAUUUGUUUUUCUGUUUCGAUAUUAAACGUAUAAUGCCGAAAGAUAAAACAUCGAACUAUUCGAGACUAAGACAUUUUGUGUCCGAGUUUGGCGAUGAGGUUUUUUCGAUUGACGCAAGUAUUCUGUUUUGCAAAUUGUGCGAAUGUAAGGUUAAUAGUGACAAAAAGUUUAACGUCACUCAACAUUUAAAAACGGAUAAGCAUUUAAAAGCCAUUAAACGGGAGCAAAAUAAAAUUGAAAAGAAACAGCAGUUACUUACAAAUAUUCCACAAAAGUGUACUUUUAAUAUCGAUCUAUGCAAGACUCUUAUUUCUGCAAAUAUACCAUUAAACAAGUUAUCCAAUGUGAAGUUUCGACAAUUUUUAGAAAAGUAUACUAAAAAUCAUAUUCCAGACGAAUCAACACUGAGAAAAUUGUACGUUGAUGAUAUUUACAAUGAAACAAUCGAAAAAAUUAGAUCUCAAGUAGCUAAUAAUCGCAUCUGGGUGAGUAUCGAUGAAACAACGGACGUUGAAGGACGCUUUAUUGCUAAUGUUAUCAUCGGUACUCUGGAGAUUGAACAUUCUGGAUCCAUUUUUUUACUCCACUCGGAACAAUUAGAAAAAACCAAUUUUUCUACCAUAAGUAAAGUUUUUGACAAAUCUAUGAGCAAAUUAUGGCCAAAUGGAAUACACCACGACAAUGUGCUAUUAUUUUUAUCAGACGCGGCACCAUAUAUGAAAAAAGCUGGAAAAUCAUUAAAAGUGUUCUACUCAAAAAUGUUGCAUGUCACAUGUGCAGCACAUGGCUUACAUAGAAUUGCCGAACAGGUUCGUGACCACUUUAGCACUGUUGACAAAGUAAUCGCAAAUUGUAAAAAAGUAUUUAAGAAAGCACCUACUAGAGUCGAAAUAUUUAAAAUAGAGGCUCCAGGUAUAUGUUUACCACCAGAUCCCAUAAUUACAAGAUGGGGAUCAUGGAUUAACGCUGCCAUUUAUUACUGUGAAAAUUUGAGCACUGUUCGCGGUGUUAUUGAAAAGCUCGAUGAAGAUGAUGCAGUGAGUAUAAAAAAAACUAAAAAAUACAUAGUUAAACCCGGUAUAGAGAGCAACCUAGCGUGUAUAAAAUUAAACUUCACAAUUCUCGUAGAAGGAAUAAAUAAACUACAAACAAAAGGCCUUUCUUUAAUAACAGCGUUAAAAAUAAUUGAGGAUAUCGAAGAAUCGUUCAAAUCAUUACGGGGUGAAGCAGGUACAAUUGUAAAAAAUAAAUUUAAAACUGUAUUUGAAAAUAAUAAUGGCUUGACAUCAUUAAAACGCAUUUCUAAAAUAUUGUCGGGUGAAGAGGAAAAUAGCGAAUUAGACGGGGAUCUUGAAGAAUUGACUAGUGACGAUAUAGUAUUUUUUAAGUAUUCACCUAUUACAUCGGUUGAUGUUGAACGUUCCUUUUCGACCUACAAGUCAUUGUUGACUGAUAACCGCCGGAACUUCAAAUUCGAAAAUUUGGCAAAGCACUUAAUCAUACAGUGUAACUCAGUUGCGUACAAACGAUGUCAUAAUUCAAGGUAUCAAAUUAAAGUUAGUUGGGUCAUUGUGGUAUUUGUGGAUUCGAAGGAUUACAGCGUAGUACCGACAAAGUGGUUAGUUCAAAAUGACACAGACAAUCUAGAAAAUAGUAGUGUACAGUUUUGUAAAUGGCCACUUGGUCGAGUAACUAGUACUGACAUUCAUGACGCCCUAGAUCCAGAACCAACUUGGUUUGAGUAUGGUGUUAAAAUAGUUGGUGGCAAUAAAACAUAUGAUAAUUUUAAAAAAGCUUGGCAUACAAGAGUUGAAAAGGAAUCGGAAAAUGAAGAAGUUCAAUUGAUGACCAAACGUAAGCGUCCAAUAUUUGAUGUAUCAGAUGGUAGCAGUGAUGAAGGUAAUUACUAA